AUGUCGAAGUCAGAGUCUCCUAAAGAGCCCGAACAGCUGCGGAAGCUAUUCAUCGGGGGGCUGAGCUUCGAGACGACGGAUGAAAGUCUGAGGAGCCAUUUUGAGCAAUGGGGGACGCUCACGGACUGUGUGGUAAUGAGAGAUCCAAAUACCAAGCGCUCCAGAGGCUUUGGCUUUGUCACAUACUCAACUGUGGAAGAGGUGGAUGCAGCCAUGAAUGCAAGGCCCCACAAGGUGGAUGGAAGGGUGGUGGAACCCAAAAGGGCUGUCUCCAGAGAAGAUUCUCAAAGACCAGGUGCCCACUUAACUGUGAAAAAGAUAUUUGUUGGUGGAAUUAAAGAAGACACUGAAGAACAUCACUUAAGAGAUUAUUUUGAGCAGUACGGGAAAAUUGAAGUGAUUGAAAUCAUGACUGACCGAGGCAGUGGCAAGAAAAGGGGCUUUGCUUUUGUAACUUUUGAUGACCAUGAUUCUGUAGAUAAAAUCGUUAUUCAGAAAUACCAUACUGUAAAUGGUCACAAUUGUGAAGUGAGGAAAGCCCUGUCAAAGCAAGAGAUGGCCAGUGCCUCUUCCAGCCAGAGAGGUCGAAGUGGUUCUGGAAACUUUGGUGGUGGCCGUGGAGGCGGUUUCGGUGGGAAUGACAACUUUGGUCGAGGAGGAAACUUCAGUGGACGAGGUGGCUUUGGUGGCAGUCGUGGCGGUGGAGGAUAUGGAGGCAGUGGAGAUGGUUAUAAUGGAUUUGGUAAUGAUGGAAGCAACUUUGGAGGUGGUGGAAGCUACAAUGAUUUUGGCAAUUACAACAAUCAGUCUUCAAAUUUUGGACCCAUGAAGGGAGGAAAUUUUGGAGGCAGAAGCUCUGGCCCUUAUGGUGGUGGUGGUCAAUAUUUUGCCAAACCACGAAACCAAGGUGGCUAUGGUGGUUCAAGUAGCAGCAGCAGCUAUGGCAGUGGCAGACGGUUUUAG